ACGUACAUAGUUGCGUAUCAGUUAACUGUCGAGUAAAUUUCGUUUCGUUAAACAUCCAAAGUGAACAUAUUCAUUUCAAACUCAUAUAAGAGUGAUUCGGCAUUGUGCCGAUUAAAUAUGUAAUGGGUUUAUUUUUGAUUAAAAGAAAAUAAGGAAAUAAUAAAAAAGAUUUCUUCUGCAACGAAUUUGGGCAUUGAUGCCCAGCUGAUGCAUUUUAACAUAUUUGACAGUUGAAAUUGCGUAAUUGUUGCUAGGAUUUUCUUAUGAGUCUUUUUACGCAAUUUAUCUAAAUUGCCGUAUAGAAUGGCGGAUUUGGAUGACUUAUUUCAUUUAGAUCAAUACGGAGGUCCAGAAUCUCUUGCAGAACUAUGUUUCCAAGUAAUCUGCAAAAAUUUAGAUAUUAUCUCGGUGAAGGAUAAAUGCGAAUAUCGGAAUCUUUUAAAAGGAGUAGUUUUUCCGAGUGAAAUAUGCGAUAAACUUAUUGAAUAUGUUUUACGAAAUGAUCCGAAUGAAGAUCAUGAUCGUUUCUUUACAAUUUUCAAGAAUGUAUGGAUAACCAAACUUAAACGCGUCAAAGUUGUAGGAUCUAAUAUAACUGAUGAUUCAGUACAGAUCCUUGCAAAUCAUAAACUUUUGAGAUUAGAACUUACAGAUUGUCCUAAUUUAACAGAUCAAUCUAUUGAUUAUAUAAAUGCAAAUGCAGAAAAUUUGCAUACUUUAGUAUGUCGUGGUACUUCUGUAAUCAUUCCGGAAAAACUUACAGCAUAUCAAAAACAAGGAUAUGUAUUUAAAAUACCAAAUCUACGGACCUUGGCUUUAGAAUAUGUUCCAAUUUGUGCCUUGGAAUAUAAUAUACUCUUGGCUGGAUUAACAAAUUUAACAAAUUUAGAUUUGUCCAAUAGUUUUGAUGUGGGCAUUUUUGAUUUUUUCCAUUUGAUUCCUAAUUUAGUAUCUUUAGUUUUAUAUAAUGUUAAAAUUAUUUCUCAAGCUCAAGCUUUUGUUAACAAUAUUUGUCAUUUGAAAAAUUUAAGGCAUUUAGAUAUUUCUCAAAUCAAUCCUGAGGAUGGAGUGUUUGCAAAUCCUAAUACAAUCUUAUCUGAUAUUGUAAAUGGUUUGCCUCAAUUAACAUCUUUAGAUAUUAGUGGCACAAAUUUAGCAGGAAUCGAAAUUGUAAAUCGUGCAAUACAAACAGUUGAACAUUCUUUUUAUUCUGACAUGUAUAAUAAUCUGUGUGAUAUACCAGGUCUUAUUUCAAGAGUAGAUAGACCUUUACAAUUUUUAGGAUUGUAUGGAGCAAAUGAUGCACCUUGUAGACGUCGUAAUAUUCCAGCAAAAUUGAUUGCAGGAAAUGCAAAUGAAGAUCAAAUAUUAGUUGCAGCUCAUGUUUAUAUGAAUAAUAAAGAAGAUUUAAUGUUAAAAGUAAUAAGUGAUUUAUAUCAAAUCUAUAGAUAUGAAAAUUGUCACAGAAUGGAUCAAGCACUUUGUGCAGUAUUAGAAGCAAUGGAAAAAUAUCCUACUCAAAAAGAUAUACAAAUAUCUGGAAGUGCAGCACUUUUUUAUAUUGUAAAAAUGAAAGAAAAAGGUGAAUUAGAAGCAAGAUUGAAAAAAAGAAUUGUACGUACACUUCUCAUUGGAAUGAGUAUUCAUAAAAAUGAAGAAACUAUGAUGCGUAAUGGUUGUCUAACAUUAUAUCAAUUCCGAUUACCGCAAGAUGUGAUGUCACAUUAUGAAACAUUGGUCAAACUACUUUUGCAUUUAGCUAAUAAUGCGCAACAAGAAAGUUAUGUUCAACGUAUUGGAAUAUUUCUUUUAAAUACAUUGGCAUGUCAAGUAACAGGUAGAGAAAAACGUUUAUUAGGCAAUCUAGGUUGUAUAAAAACAAUGCUUGAACUAAUCAAAUACAGAGUUGAGUCUAGAACAUUUGAUGAUGUUAUGGAAGUAGCUUGGUCAACUAUGUGGAAUGUGACUGAUGAAACUCCUAUAAAUUGUCAACGAUUUUUUGAAGAAAAUGGCAUGCCGCUAUUUUAUAGAUGCGUUAUGCAAUAUUCUCGUAAAGAAGAAUUAUUGAAAAAUAUGAUGGGAUUACUUGGUAAUGUAGCUGAAGUACAAAGUCUGAGAGUGCACCUAAUGCAACUGCCAUAUAUGGUUGUUUUUACAAAUUUAAUUCGUAAUGUUAGAGAAAGCAUUGAGGUACCAUAUAAUGCAGUUGGUAUAUUAGCUCAUAUAGCAUCUGAUGGUGUUGAAGCAUGGACAAUAGAAAAACCUAGUCGGGAUGUAGUUCUUGAACUUAUGGUUGAAGCUAUUGAACGAUGGGAUAUAUCAUCAGAACGUAAUAUUAAUUACCGUUCGUUUCUGCCAUUAUUACGUUUAGUAGAUAUAUAUCACACACCACAAUGUCAACAUUGGGCAGUUUGGGCUCUUGCUAAUCUUACCACUGUUUAUCCUCAUAAAUAUUGUAUAUUAGUUAUACGAGAAGGAGGCCUUGAAAAAUUGAAUACCUUAAUCUCAGAUGCAAGACCAUAUGAACGUAUAAAAGAACUUGCCCAUAUUGUAAUUGAAAAUUGUAGUCAUUAUAGUAGCAACUCCAAUGAUAUGAAUGUUCAUUCGCCAUUAGAUGAAGAUUAUAUAUAUAGUUCAGAUGGUUAAAAUUCAAUUUUCAUUACUAUAAUUCAAUAGCAUAAAAGUAGAAUGUUUUAUGUCUGUAAUAAAAAAUUUUCUAAAAAAAAAGAGUGUGAGUAAGAUUAUAAAAAUAUGCUAAAAUAUUUGUAUGUUGAUUUGCCAAAUUGUAAAUUUAAAAUUGAGUACUCAGACAAUCUUACUCGCACUUUUAUUACAUGAACAUUUCAUUGCAUAUUUUAUUUAUUACAUGUACAAAAUAUAUUUGGACUAUUUGUGCAAAUAUAUUAUUAAUGAUAUUAAAAAAAAAGUAGUAAUUAGUUUAAUAAAAAUAUUUUUGAUGUAAUAAUCUCUAACACUGUCCAAAUUCAAAUACAUUUUUGAUUUAUGU